AUGUCAUUGCGUUCGUCCACUUGUCCUAAAUAUUUGAGUUUGGACUCCAGCUUAAGUGAUCUCACUGUGCAUGGCGAGGAUGAUGCGGAAAAGGGUUAUAUGGACCCUCCCCAGCCCUGCCCGCAUCUCCGCAAGAAAAUGAACCCUCUCCUCGACAUCAUGCGAUGGACUUGUCUCUUUGCUCAUCAAAAAUUGAGGAGUGAACCAAUAAGCGAUUCCUACGCAAAGUUUGUUGUCUGGGAAGUUUUUAGUGAGAUAGAUGGGUAUAUCAUCACAGUAUGGAUUAUUGUCUUGACCUUGACAACACAAAGGCUAGCUCUUCGACGCCAACUUAAUCUCACCAACAGUGUGACUGCAAAGCAUGAUGCCAAUGAGGCGUGGAUGGGUGUGGGUGUGAUAUACGAAACACCCAUUCACCAUGCCCGAGAGUUCGAUGAUGUUCCCGGAAAUACACGCCUGCAUGUCAAUGCCACAUACUUUGAUGUCACCUGUGGGUCAUUGUCAGGGUCUGUCCGAGAUAUCGAUGGAGCACCAGCAUUUGUCUUUGCCAAUGAUUUUGGAUUAGAGAAUACACUGUUCCCAGGGAACAUCAACACUUUUCCAUAUACUAUAUCUCAAAAUGGUCUAUAUCUUAGAACCGCACCUUGGGGACCAUUAACCAUGGGUCUGGAUGCCACGGACCCCAAAUAUUCAUGGCCAAGCUCCAUUCUUAUAUUCACAACUGUGCCAGUCUUUGAUUCAUCUAAUAUGGCUGUGGAACCGGUAGCGAUACUCGAAUCAAUGACAUAUACACCAUUUGAUUCCCAGAUGAACUCCACCACCACUCAUGUCUCAGCACUUGCAUGCAACUUGACCGUGGACAUGUCCUCAACUAAGGCCGAUGUCAACUCAAUUAGUAACUCUUUGAUAAAACUACACGGCCAAGGCAACAAAACCUCUGCCAAUCUGAGCCCAUUUCCAUCAAGUUACUGCUCCACACCAGUAGAUAUGCACUCAAAUCCUGAGGAUGCACUACUUGCCAUUUCUUGCUCAAAUCAUAAGUGGAGCCUCCUAACUUAUGCUGCAGUGUCUCCACUCAAUCAGCAGCUUUUUAUGAAUUGCACUACAAGUGGUAACUCCGACCUUGCCUGUGGGACAUUAUACGAAUCAGAACAACUCUUCGGCGGUAACGGUGGAACAAGCGAGGUAUUCGUUGUGAAUGAAAAUACUCAGUGGAUUUGGGGAGAUGGAUUUAUCUAUGCGCUCAUUCCUUAUAAUGUAAAACAAUGCUCAUUCACUCGGACACAUGCCGACAAAAACACUCUCGAAAUUGACUCAAUUGGUAUCUUGCAGAUGAUAUGGCUUGUGAGCAACCAUCCGGACCAGAAAGUUAUUACUCAAAUUACAGAACCUACAACCGAGAUUUUGAGGAAGGCUGGGUUAGAGAUUGAAGAGAACUAUAGGGAGUGGUAG